AUAACACUUACCAAAAACAUCCACCACCGGUACCACCUACAUCUAAAACCCACCACCAUCGCCACCCAACUUCACAAAAUUCUUCGUCUUCUUGAUUCAAAUCACCCACCACCACCGAUGGCCAUGGCUACCCAAGCUUCCUUUUUCGCACCUACAAUCCCCACUCAAACCUCUCCAUGGAAACAAUCACAACUCACCUCCUUCACCACCGUCAAACCAACCAAACCCACCACCCGAUUCACCACCAUCAAGGCCGCGGCGGCAGGGGAAGUCCCCACCAAAGAAGCUCCGGUGGGAUUCACCCCACCUGAACUCGACCCCAACACCCCAUCUCCAAUCUUCGCCGGAAGCACCGGCGGCCUGCUCAGAAAAGCUCAGGUGGAGGAGUUCUACGUCAUCACAUGGGAAUCGCCAAAAGAACAGAUCUUCGAAAUGCCCACCGGCGGCGCCGCCAUCAUGAGGGAAGGACCGAAUCUGUUGAAAUUAGCGAGAAAAGAACAGUGUUUGGCUCUUGGGACAAGAUUGAGGUCAAAAUACAAGAUUAAAUACCAGUUUUACAGGGUGUUUCCGAAUGGGGAAGUUCAAUAUUUGCACCCCAAAGAUGGAGUGUACCCGGAAAAAGUUAACGCCGGCCGGCAGGGGGUGGGUCAGAACAUGAGGUCAAUCGGAAAGAAUGUUAGUCCGAUUGAAGUCAAGUUCACCGGAAAACAACCCUAUGAUAUUUGAAUAUGAUCAUGGAUGGUUUUCUGAUGGACUGUGAUUAUGUAAUUUUCAAGUUAAUUAAUUUAAAGAAACAUUUUCAUA